AUGUUGAGGAAAGCUUCUAGACGGUUAUUGAGUACAGCUGCGAAGAGCGUGCCUUUAACAAGGACUUCGGUGUUGAAUAAUGGGCUAACUGUGGCUACAGAACGAAUUCCAGAGAUGAGUACUGCAACCGUUGGAAUCUUUGUGGAUGCAGGUUCAAGAGCAGAAAACGAAAAGAAUAAUGGUACAGCACAUUUUCUGGAACACUUGGCUUUUAAAGGAACGAAGGACCGCACGCAGAGUGGUAUUGAAUUGGAGAUUGAAAAUAUAGGAUCACAUUUGAAUGCUUAUACUUCGAGAGAAAAUACUGUAUACUAUGCCAAGAGUUUGAGGGAUGAUAUCCCUAGGGCUGUGGAUAUCUUGAGUGAUAUUUUGACCAGAUCUGUGUUGGAUCCAAGGGCUAUUGAGCGUGAGAGAGAUGUUAUUAUUAGGGAGAGUGAAGAAGUGGAUAAGAUGUAUGAUGAAGUUGUUUUUGAUCAUUUGCAUGAGAUUGCUUAUAAGGAUCAGUCGCUAGGGAGAACGAUUCUGGGGCCCGUCAAAAAUAUUAAGUCCAUUACGAGAAAGGAUCUCAAAGAUUAUAUUACAAAAAAUUAUAAAGGUGACAGAAUGGUUCUGGCCGGUGCAGGAGCAGUGGACCAUGAUGAUCUGGUGAAACAAGCAGAAAGAUUUUUUGGACACAUUCCAAAAUCUGAGUUCCCCGUACCUUUGGGUUCACCUAGGGGCCCUCUACCCGUUUUCACACGCGGUGAAAGGCUCUUGCAGGAAGACUCCUUGCCCACUACUCACAUUGCCAUUGCUCUGGAAGGUGUAUCAUGGUCUGCAUCCGAUUAUUUCGUAGCUUUGGCUGCUCAGGCGAUCGUUGGUAACUGGGACAGGGCUCUUGGGGCAGGUACAAACUCCCCUUCACCCUUGGCUGUAGAAGCUUCGAACAACGGUACGUUGGCCAACUCGUACAUGUCCUUUUCCACUUCCUACGCAGACUCGGGAUUAUGGGGUAUGUAUAUAGUCACUGACUCUGCCGAACACGAUGCCAAGAAGAUGAUCGAUGCGGUUAUAAAAGAAUGGCGCCGAAUCAUGUCUGGUAAUAUAUCCGAUGCUGAAGUUGGGAGGGCUAAAGCUCAAUUGAAAGCAGCGUUGCUUCUUUCAUUGGAUGGCUCUACCGCGAUUAUCGAAGAUAUGGGUAGACAGAUAGUCACCACAGGUAAGCGUUUAUCACCAGAAGAAGUCUUUGAAAAAGUUGACAAGAUUACAAAGGAAGAUAUCAUUAUUUGGGCAAACUAUAGACUAAAGGGUAAGCCACUCGCCAUAGCGGCUUUGGGUAAUAUGAAGACAGUCCCAGGUGUGGGUUACAUCGAAAAAGGUUUACAGGCAUGA